AUGUCGCAUGCCUAUCGCAGUGAUGGUGUUGUAUCAAAGGAAAGUGCAGGCUCGUUUCUCGAGCACCUUCCCUCUUGUACGCCCGUUUACGAUUAUGAUCCACAGUGUGCAAUGGAGAGCCUCUUUCCCAAGGAUUCGGUUGAAGAUCGCUUUGUCGUCUUGAAACACUUUCCACCAGACGCAUUGGCAGAGCAUACGGAAAAAUUACCUGGACGUUGUGACUAUUCACCAUCGCUUCGAACUCUUAUCCUCACAAUGCCUAGUGAGCCACACGAAGUAGCUGCUUCUGCGUUUGAGUUUAUUCUGUUGAAUACCGCACAGGAAAUGAAAGUCAGAAGACGAAUCAAGCCAUGUGCAGCAACCCGCAUCGAUACUCCUGACCGAAGCAAAGAGGCAGAUCGAUCCUGGAAGCCACGCUUCAAAGAAAACUGGAGACAAUUCCCAACGGUGGUUUUGGAAGUUGGCUUUUCAGAAACAGCAGCAAAGCUAGAGAAGAACAUUUCUUGGUGGAUCAAUCAGUCAGAGGGUGAAGUGAGAAUGGGUAUUACGAUCGACAUUAAAAGAGGAUCAGAUCACAUCGAAAUCAAAUCCUGGACCCCAGCAUUCCAACCACAACUACGCGGUGUUUAUGUCACAGCAAAAGGUCGCCACGUCAGUAACUCCAUCAAAUAUCCCCCACUACCUCGGCUUGUCCAAAGAAUUCUCGUCAAAAAGGGCAGAAAUGGCUCUCGUCCUUUUGUAGAAGGUGGACCUCUAUCUAUUCCAUUUCGCGCGUUAUUGUUGGACGAGCCAGGAGAAGGUGAAGGUGAUUUCGCACUCACAGACGACAUGCUUUUGAACGAUCUGGCAGAGGUAGUCUGGGGAUCAGUUGCAGACACUGAACUUGCCGAGGCCAAGAAGAGGAAAAAACGUCGAACUGCAUGA